AUGGUUCUGAGAAACGUUAAAGCUUGAUUAAUUGAGAGAGCAUCUUGAGAGACCUACAAAUUGUUCAGCCAAUCGAAUUGAGAGACCAAUUAAGAAUGAGUGACGUAGCCACGGGGUAAUUGUUUAAAUUACAGAAGCCGCUGCUUGGUUGAUGUACUGUAGGUGAUCUGGUUGUGUUAGCUGUUGAGUUUCCCAUGAUGAAGGAGCUGCAGACUUUAGUGUUUUGGAGGACUGUCCUUGCUGAGCUAAUUGGGACAACCAUGUUUGUCUUCUCUGGUAUUUCUGCAGUAAUUGGGAAUGGAAACAACAGUUACCCAGACCAGGAAGUAAAGGUAGCACUAGCAUUUGGGCUAGCCAUUGCCAUUUUGGCUCAGAGUUUGUGCCAUGUAAGUGGAGCCCACCUGAAUCCAGCUGUCACACUUGCCAUGUUGGUUAGCUGCCAGAUUAGCAUGUGCAGGGCUUUGUGGUACAUUAUGGCCCAAAUGAUUGGGGCUGUGAUUGCUAGUGGAAUUGUUCUGGGAUUAAGACCAUCUGUGGUGGAUUCACUUGGGCUAAACAAGCUGAAUGGUGUCAGCCUGGGACAAGGCUUUGGAAUUGAGUUUCUCCUCACACUCCAGAUGGUGCUGUGCUUCUUAGCAACAACCGAUAAAAGGAGGGAAAACAUCACCGGUUCAGCUCCGUUUGCACUUGGGCUCUCUGUGGUUGUGGGUCACCUUGCAGGAAUCAGUUAUACUGGAUGUGGAAUGAACCCUGCUCGAUCUUUUGGUCCAGCUCUGGUGUCUGUGGAGUUUGAACACCACUGGGUGUUCUGGGCAGGACCACUGUGUGGUGGUAUUGUAGCUGCACUUCUCUACGACUUUGUCCUGUUUCCUAGAGGUCCAGACCCUAUUGGCAGGUUCAAGGUUUUGUGCCAUGGUGUUGAGGCUGCAGCUGCGGAGCUUGAGCCCCUGCUCGGUGCAGAGGGUGAUGCUCCUGUAACUGAGGAUGCCAAACCAUCCACCACCCACCCGUGGUUUAUAAGCGUCUGCUUAGCUAGCAGUGUGUCAGUAACGGACAGAAAACUCAUCAUGGUUAAGGAGCUCAGGUCUGGCGCCCUUUGGCGAGCCGUGAUCGCAGAGUUUGUCGGAAUGACGCUUUUCGUUUUUAUGGGUAUAGCAUCUGCCAUUGGGACUUCAGAGGACGGCAGCGGUCCAGAACAGGAAGUAAAGGUAGCGUUAGCGUUUGGGCUGGCCAUCGCCACGCUGGCUCAGAGUCUGGGCCACAUCAGCGGAGCGCAUCUUAACCCGGCCAUCACUGUCGGCCUGCUGUUCAGCUGCCAGAUCAGUGUUAUCCGUGCAGUUUUAUACAUUUUAGCCCAGAUGUUGGGAGCGGUCCUGGCUAGCGGCAUCGUUUACGGUAUUCGUCCUAAAGAUGUCAAAGUUCUGGGGCUCAACGAGAUUGCUGAAAAUAUGACUCAGGGUAAGGCUUUCGGCGUGGAGUUCCUGGUCACCUUCCAGCUGGUGCUGUGUGUCUUAGCCACAACAGACAGCCGCCGGAACGACGUGAAGGGAUCGGCACCGCUCGCCAUCGGACUUUCUGUGGGUUUGGGACACUUGGUGGCGAUCAGCUACACUGGCUGCGGCAUCAAUCCUGCUCGCUCCUUCGGACCUGCUGUCAUUAUGAAGUCCUUUAAGAAACACUGGGUGUAUUGGGUGGCACCGAUGUUGGCUGGAGUAGCAGCUUCUCUCCUCUAUGACUUUGUGCUGCAGCCUCACUCAGAGCCCUAUACUAAACGCCUCCGAACCAUCAGAGGCGGGUCGGAGUCAGAAACGGCGGCGUUGAUCGAGCCGUCCGGCAGCGGGGAGUCGCAGUGGCCCAGACGCUAAACACUCCAACUGUAAUUACGUGAACACCUCAGAGAAUUCACCAUUUCUGCCAACAUGUUGUACUGUAUGUGUCUAAAGCCGGGUCUAAAACUCGGAGACGUUUUACCUGUGUAUGUGUGUGUGUGACCUGUGUGACGUUUUACCUGUGUACGUGUGUGUGUGACCUGUGUGACAUUUUACGUGUCAAACCUGGGUUUCCACGUUUGAGGCGUCAUUCGAUUUUAAAUUCUCAUAAAUCACCGAAAACUUUAAUAAACAGCCCCGACUUCACUUCCACUUCACCCCAAUGAAGUAGUUCAUGCACUCCACAAGUCACAUGUUCAGCAGGAAGCUGUGUCAUACGAAUUUCCUGAAGAUCUCAGGAAGAAGAAAAAAUAAGAAAGGUUCUCACUGAAUUUAUUUUUCUUUGUUUUCUCUUUAUUUGUGUGAUGUUGACUGACAAGUACAGCCCUGUUACACAAAUUAUAGACUCACAUCGAUUAUUAAUGUAAACAAAAAAUACAGUUUAGGUAAAUCAUUAGAAUGUCUUUAACGUCCUCGUGCCAUUAGUAUGGAUGCUAAUGAACCACAUUUGGUAUUUAUAUGUUUGCUAAUUCAGUGGGGAAAAAAUACUCAACCAUUUUGUUCAUUUCUGAGCAAAAUUCAGCAAAUAAAAACCGCGGUUUAAAAAAAAUUAUAUUGUCGUAUUUUUUUUCGUUGCAUUUUUUUUUUUGUUCGAUUAAAUGUUGAAAUUUUUUUUACUUUUUUUUCAUAAAUUUUUGCAUUUUUUUAAUUAAUUUUUUAAGAGUUACGUGUGGCCUGAAUGGCUGAAUGGCCCCACAAUCAUGGAAUCCCCCCUUUAUUAUACACAGAUUUUACUUUUUUUUUUCUAAUAAUUUUUUUUUUUAAUAAAGUAAAUGUCUUGGACUGUUAAAGCUACUCCUAAGAGAAAGAGAGAAACAAUUUUUUUGCUUGUUAAAAAAAGGAGAGAAAAGAAAAAAGAGUGGGAAAAUGCACAAAAAGAUGAAAUUAAAUAAUAAGGGGGAAAAAAAAGAAAAGCAAAGAAAAUAGAAAAAUAAAGCUGUGCGCAUGCAUUUACUCAUAAAAACAAAUGUCCAAAAAUUUCUUUUUUUAAAAAAAUGAAAGAAAAAAAUUUCUUGACAAUGUUUUUUAAAUUUUUUUUAUUUUACGCCCGGCUUUAAAAGCUUGUGUAUGUGUGACCUUCAUUAAACAUGACUUUUCUUUA